GACUUUGUGAAGAUCAAGGUGCGGCUGGGCAGCCAGCUGGAGCACUACUACAUCCUCUCCCGCUUCCUCCUCUCACGCAUGCUCACAGUCAUCACCCUGCCGCAGCACAAGGCUGUGCGUGUGGCCCUGGAUGUGAAGAAGCACCUGGUGGAUCACAAUCGCCUGGACAUCACGCAGGAGGAGCUGGAGGAGGUGCUGUUUGCGCUGCUGCGCCAGCGAGGGUACGGCGACGAGUAUGUGCGGCGCUACCAGAUGGUCACCCGCUUCUUCCAGCAGAAGCGCCCCCUCAUCAUCCUCAUCGCCGGAUCCGCGUGCACAGGCGCGCCUGGCAAGUCCAGCCUGGCGCAGCAGCUGGCCUCCCGCCUCAACCUGCCCAACGUGCUGCAGACAGACGUGCUUUAUGAGCUGCUGCGGGGCAGCGGCGCCGGCGACCUGCCCGCCGAGCCGCUGUGGCGGCGGCCGCUGGCCCCCGGCGCCAGCCUGGUGCCUGAGUUCCAGCGCGAGUGCGCCACCAUCCGCCGCGCGCUGGAUGGAGACCUGUGCAAGUGCAUCCGCGACGGCAAGUCCAUCAUCAUUGAGGGCCUCCACAUUGACCCCGGCCUCUUCCUGCUGGAG